GUUGUGACAGCCAUGUCUCUGGAGAUGGAAAAGACCAUCACCAAGCUGAUGUACGACUUUCAAAGGAAUUCCACCUCUGAUGAUGACUCUGGAUGUGCACUGGAGGAAUACGCCUGGGUUCCCCCCGGCCUCAGUCCUGAGCAGGUGCAUCAGUAUUAUAACGCCUUACCAGAAGAGAAGGUCCCCUAUAUAAACAGCCCUGGAGAGAAAUGUCGUAUCAAACAACUGCUUCACCAGUUGCCACCACAUGACAAUGAGAUGCGUUAUUGCAACUCGUUGGACGAGGAGGAGAAGCGAGAGCUUAAGCUCUUUAGCAACCAACGGAAGAAGGACAGCUUGGGCAGAGGCAACGUCCGUCCUUUCCCCCUCACCAUCAAUGGGGCGAUCUGUGAAAAGUGUGGUGGUCAAAUAAAUGGAGGGGACAUUGUGGUUUUUGCUGCAAGGGCAGGUCAUGGAAAAUGCUGGCACCCAAAUUGCUUCGUCUGCAGCAUGUGUGAGGAAUUGUUGGUGGAUCUCAUCUACUUCUACCAUGAUGGCAAGAUCUUCUGUGGCCGGCAUCAUGCCGAGAGGCUGAAACCCCGCUGCUGUGCUUGUGAUGAGAUAAUCUUUGCUGAUGAGUGCACUGAAGCAGAGGGCAGGCACUGGCACAUGAAGCACUUCUGUUGCUAUGAGUGUGAGACCACCCUCGGCGGCCAACGCUACAUCAUGAAGGACGGACGGCCACACUGCUGCAACUGCUUCGAGUCCCUUUAUGCAGAGUACUGUGACGCAUGUGGAGAACACAUAGGCAAUGACCAAGGCCAGAUGACGUAUGAUGGACAGCACUGGCACGCAACCGAGGAGUGUUUUUGCUGUGCCCGUUGCAAGCGCUCUCUGCUGGGCCGCCCCUUCUUGCCAAAGCAGGGGCAGAUCUUCUGCUCACGGUCCUGCAGCGCUGGACAGGAUCCAGAUGAGUCUGACUCCUCAGACUCGGCAUUCCAAAGUGCCCGUUCCCGUGAAUCCCGCCACAGCACCAAGAUUGGCAAAAAGGAGCGCAGGAACGCUGAGCAGGAGCGGCGGAGUGCCGAAGCCCGCCAGACAGCUCCUCCGCCCAUGCCUGACCGUCUGUCUGCUGAAAUUGAUCCUCUCUCUGUUCAGAUGGACCGGUUAAGCCUCUCAUCUAGCCAGACCCCGAGCAGGACACCAAACCGCACUCCGAGCCGCACUCCGAGCCGUGCCCCGAGCCUUAACCAGGUGUGGAUGAGCCGGGAUGACCCCUACGUCCCUGCAGUGUAUGAGGGCCCCCAGGGUGAACCCUCCCCCACACCAGCACCUAUACAUCUGCUAGGUCAGUGUAACCCCAGGCAGGGCUACAAUCCCAACGCAAACGCUCACCCUCCAGCUCAGACUGCUGCCAACCCAGGGAAGAGGCCUGACUCCUGGGGGAAGGAACAAGGCAAUGCCAAGAGGACCCCUAUGGCUGCUCUGAGGGGCCACUCCUUUAAUGAAAACUGGACCCACCAAAGCCAGGAUGAAUUCAGGCCCAACAAGCUACGCACCCAGAUGAGUUUCAAUGAGAUGUCUAGCCAGAACCAGGGAUUCUCUGACAAGAGGAGCAUUAGCCUGCAUGGAUUCCAGAGAGACGGCAGACCCCCGCUGACCAGGAGGAAUCCCAUCAAUGCCAUGAGCUUCAAUGAGCCCCUCACUCCUCUAGAACAGACUCCUCGUGGAUCCAUGGAUUCCCUCACUAUGUCCAACGCUACAGGUAACUCUUUGGACGGCGUCAGUAAGCGUCAGGAGCAUUUGUCUAGGUUCUCCAUGCCCGACCUGAGUAAAGACUCAGGUGUGAAUGUGUCUGAAAAGAGCAACAUGGGCACCCUCAGCUCAUCCGUCCAGUUCCACAGCACAGAGUCGCUGUCCUCCUCUCGCCCCUACACCAAUAACAUGUAUGCUCCACUGAGAGUCGGCUACCCGCUGCAGUACUGGGAUGGCCCGCAGCCACUGGGUUUUGACGGCAAAGGUCGUGUCGGGGUGAUGGGCAGCAGUGGAAACCUGCGGAUGGCUCCAAUGAGCGACAGAAUGCCCCGCCGACGCAUAAAUGGACAGGAACCGGUGUCGCAGCAACAGCAGCCACAACCAAGGCGCCGCAAACACCACCGUGGAAACCACAGUAACAGUCAACACCGCAGUGGCCGCCACCACAAACGCUCUCGCCGCUCCCGCUCUGACAAUGCCCUGCACCUGGUGGCGGACCGGCCCGCUCAAAUGGUAGAGCUGCCCUACCGUCGCGUCCAGGAGGAUUACGAUCGCUUCCCCUCCGGUAAUGCUGCUCGGGAGUUGUUUGGUCUUGAGCCAGGUGGGUACAGACAGCAGCCCCAACGGCCCUGCCCCCGCACCACUUCUGAUCUCACCCUGCAGAAUGCUGGCUGGCAACCUGUUGGGCUGGGUGGGCCAUGCUGGGGCGAUGGGUACAUGGAGGCUGCUGACCCUUGGUGCUCCAGCUGCUCCUCUUCUUCUGAGUCUGAGGGAGAUGAGGGUUAUUUCCUGGGUGAACCAAUCCCUCGGCCCGUGCAGCUUUGCUACAUCAACAACGAAGAGCUGCGCCAUCGCUACAGCCCCUCUGGGAUAGCUGCCCAUCACGGACCUCUGCACGGACCUCUGCACGGACCGAUUCAUGGCCAGCUGCACACCCGCCAAAGGAGGAAGAGCAAAAACUGUAUACUUUCAUAGAUAUAGAGCAAAGAUAUGGUAAGGGAUGAACAGGAGAGUGAAAGAGAUGAGAGGGAGAGAGGUAAGGAGACCG